AACAGUCAAAAAUAUGAACAGCAAGGUCGCCCGUAUUUUAAACAUGACGAAGGUUGGUCACACUAUUCAACAGCUGUUCGGCCUAUUCGGCGUCCAAAACAAUAAGUUUGUUUUUAUUUCUAUUUUUUACAGUAUCCCGGCAUUUAGAAUGUUGCAAACUGAAGCGAUGCAAUCCCUACCCACUUUACACCAACCUCUGCACUCCAAGGUGUCUAAUUACCUGAACAACCAGCGGAGAACCGGGCAGUUCUGCGAUUUGCUCCUGGAAUUGGACUCGGAUGAUGCACUCAGUUUGAGCGUUCACUUCUGCGUCCUGGCUGCUCAGAGUCAGUUAAUAAAUACCAACCAGAAGCAGCAACAGUUCUCCAUCCACAAUCCGCUCAAGAUCACCAUCCGGAAUUUUAGCUGCACCCAGUGCUUUCACACGAUUGUGGAUUUCUUCUACGAGGACAUUGUGUCUGUUUCCAAGGAGCAUGAGUCUCACUUCCGAGAACUGGCCCAGAUACUGGCUGUAACAGAGCUGAUGAAUCUAUACCAAAUGCCCCUGAAGGAAACAUCAGAGAUUGCUACUUCCGGAGAAGCAGAACUCAAUCUGGAGCCGGUACAGAAAUCGGAAGAUGUGUUUGAGAAUCAACAGAGUUAUUUUAAGUUAAAAAAUCCAAAGGCAGUUAAAUCAAGUAGUAAGGUGAACUACUGCAUUGGUUGCGACUUCAAAUGCUAUCAAGUGCAGAAGAUGAUCGAGCACAUGAGCAGCUGCGAACCAUCCCACCUAACCUGCUCUCUGUGCGAGGUGGGAUUCCUCGAUUGGCGAGAGUAUGAUACCCACCUUCGUCGUCACUCCAGCGACCUCCGCAAACCAUUCUUUUGUCUGCAAUGCGGAAUAAGGUUCACCACGCGAGCCGCUCUGUUGGUCCAUCAGCCCAAGCAUUCUACAGAAACACCACACAUCUGUCCCCAUUGCGGAAAGGGUUUUAAGUGGAAGCAAGGACUAAGCAACCACAUCUUGGUCCAUAAUCCCCAAAAGCAAAUGCUCUGCGAUGUUUGCGGCUACAGUACCACCCACAUGAAGGCCCUAAAAUCUCAUAAGCUGCUUCACACUGGGGAGUUUUUUGCCUGCACAGUGGCAGGAUGCAAACACCGGGCCAAUAGGAAAGAAAACCUGAAACUGCACAUUGAGACACAUAAACAGGGGCGUGAUUUCAUCUGCGAGGUCUGCGGCUGCAAAUUCAGUCAAAGCAAGAAUCUCAAACGUCACGCCUUAAAGCACACAGAGACCGGUCCGAAUCGUUAUAAAUGCCAGCUGUGCGGUUUCAGCAGCCAUCGAUCCGACAAGAUGAAGGAGCACGUGCAGCGUAUUCAUACAGAGAAGGCCGUGCAGCUGGAGCUGCCGGAGACUGUGGACAGUUCCUUCCCCGAUGACUUCGAUCUGCCAGUUAUUGAAACUGUGACGACUCCAAAAAAGAAGCCGAAUGCUCCCAAAUGCAAACUGAAGAAUGAAACUAAUCCUGAAAAACGACUGAAAACCUUGCUGCCAAAGGAGACUGUAAAAUAAUCAAAAUAUCAAUGAGUGGUAAUCUGUGUUCGAAUUUAUGGUGGAGAGCCAAGAACAAAAUAUUCCAUUGGCAAAGAGUUUUCCAAAAUAUGCCGAUAAAAGUCAUUGUAUUCGACCUGAUACGAGGAACAAUCAUGAUUUAAUUGUCACAAAAUAAUUGUAAACAACUUUGGUAUAUUGUGCAAGGUUCUUGAAACAACAAUGUUGGGGCAGCUCUUGUCUUAUCUGGAAAUGCCACUGGGAAUUACUGCGUCGUUUCCAGAACGAAUACCUCGCAAUGACUAAGGGAGGCGGUAGUUGGAACCUUAUCACCUUGUGGGAGCUACGUAACAAAUGUUGUUUUUAUAAAAACAAUUAACACAAAUUAA